AUGCGUUUCCUUGUUCUUGUCCUCGCCAUGCUUGUUAUUCAAGGUGAGGCUUUUUUUUCACUUCGCACAAAAUCAGUUAUUUUUAGCUCUCGCCCACCCUGACACGAGUCGUCGUGCCCGGCGAGACACUACGGAGGCGUCUGGCAGUGAUGGUUCCGGAUCCGGUAGCGAAGCGUCCGGCGAAUCUUCUGGUGCUUCUGGCGAGUCUUCCGGCGAGGCUUCUGGAGAAUCUUCUGGAGAGUCAUCGGGAGAAGCUUUCGGAGAGUCUUCUGGAAUUGAAGGAUCUGGCGAUGAAGCGUCUGGAGAAGGUGGAUCAUUCGUUUUUUUAUUCACAAAAGUUGUUUCAGACUGAAAAAAAAAUUGAUAAAUUGUGUUCUUUUCUGAAUCUAGAAGUAUUUUACCCUGAAAAAGUGUUUCUUUAGUUUUUCUGGACAUUUGAAUAUUCUUGGAAUUCUCUUGUAGAGGAAAAAUGAUUAAUCAAUAAAUCAAGGUGGUUUUUCUGAAAUUUUUCAAAAGUUUCCUCAUCUUUGAAUAAUGAACCUUUGUGAGAAGUUGAGGGGAGCAUGAAAAAUAGGAUAAAAUCUCAUCUCAAAAUAUUUUUUGCUUUGACUGAGAAACUUAUUAUUUUUGGAUCUUUAUCAAUUACUGUUUUUUCAGAAUCCGGAGAAGAAGCUUCCGGCGAAGAGCAGACUGUUCCAGGUGGGAAAUUCUCCAUUUUUCAAAAAUAAUGGAGAAAUUUGUUCAGCCGGCCAAGUCUCCGUUGCUCUGAUCGAGAAGCUCGAGGACGACGCCAAGCAGAUGCAAGACGAGUCUCAGGACCUCGUCCAGCAGACGAACAAGAUCCUCGAGCAGCUCAACACGCUCUCUACGAACGCCCAGAAAGUCUCCGACGCGGCCCGCGUCGUCUUCUUCACCGCCAACACCCUCCAUCAGCAAGCCAACAACGGAAGAACCGACGGGAACGGCAUCGAAAGCUCUGGAAUCGAAUCAUCUGGAAUCGAGAGCUCCGGAAUCGAAGUGAGAAGUCAAAUCCAAGAUAAAAAUGUUGAUCAAGAAAUUCAAGUUUAAAAAUCGCAGCUUGAUUGAAAAAUUUAUUUCGGUGAAAUAAGAAAAGCGCUGUUUACAUAAGUCACAAAAUGUGCCUUUGAAUAAGUUCGAAAAAUUGAUCUGGUAUAGCCAAUUCCGCGCCAGCUUGUCACGAUUUUCAUUUUCCUCGGAGCUACAAAGCUCAUCGGGGGUUUCGCUUCAAUACGCUCGGUCUGCUUUUUUGCGUGCGCCUUUAAUAAAACGGAAUAGGUCAAAUUAAAGGCGCAUGCAAAGAGGCAGCUGGACUCAUUAAAGCGAAGCUUAAUAGAAGGGUUCUGUAGCUCAAAGAAAAGAAUGAACCAAAAAAUGAAUAUGUACUCGAAUUCAGAGCUCUGGAGCCUCAAACACCGAGCUGUCGAACGGCCUGAACGGCGGCGUCAACUCGACGGCGUCGAAGGACGGAACCUGCUCCAGCAUGGCAGCCUGCUUCGGCGACGACGAGUGCGGAAAAUCUGGCAAAUGCGUCGGCGCCUUCGUCGGAACCUGCAACUGCAACGCCUGCAUCAACUUCUGGAGGUGAGCUCCAAUUUUACCUGCGCGAAAUUUUUAUUUAGUUAGUCUUGAAUUUUGACAGUUCGCCAAUUUUUCUAAUGAGUCUCAUCCAAAAGGACAGGAACCUUUUUUGAAAUUGAUGUAGUUCUUAUAUCAUCUCAUCAAUCGACAACAAUUUUCAGUUGUGGAAACGACCGCGGCUGCGGAGGUCUCCAGGGCGCCUGCUCGAACGCGACGGCCCGCUGUGACUGCUUCGCCGGCUUUGCCAGCAACGGCUUCUCCUCCUACUUGGACGCCCUCAACGGCCUCUGCAACGUCAAGAAGUGCACCAGAAACUCGGACAACUGCUUUGGCCUCCCGUGCAACGCCGGCCAGUGCAUCUGCUUGAACUAG